ACUCAAGAGUGCGCGAAACGCCAUUGCCGAACUUUGAUCUUUCUCUCACUUGUACAGUUGUACCCUAGUUCUCUGCAACUGGAAAGCUAUCACCAGUUAAAGAUUAACUCUAAACUCUAAUGGCGUGCAAUUUGAAAGACAAGCAUUCGCUGACCAAUUGGAGGCCCCAUCCGGGAAGACCUGGCCCCGAUCAUAGCAGCAAUCCUAAUGGAAAUGCCGCGGAAAGAAGUGCAGUUCCCAAUUCAGGUUCAGAAUCUGGUGAUUUGGCCCAGAACCCGAACCCUAAACUAAGUGGCUUCUUUACUGACGAGAAAUUGGAAGAAAUGUUGUUGCGUAAAUUGGAGUUUGCGUGUAAAAAGGUGAUCUCUAAACUUGUUUCUCUAGGCCACGAUGAGAAUGUGGCUUUGAAGGCUGUGCUUAGCAAUGGGUAUUGGCAUGGGGAGAAGGAUGCGUUGGCAAAUAUAUUUCAAAAUUCUUUAUCGUAUUUCGAAGAUGGGAAUAGUGUGCGUUCUGAGAAUCCUGAACAUAAUUUCUCUGAUUUAACACAGUUGAAGAAAUGCACCCUAGCAGGGAUGGUGUGUUUGUUGCAACAGGUUAAGCCUCAUUUGAGCAAAGGAGAUGCAAUGUGGCGUUUACUAUUGAGUGAGCUUCAUGUUGAGCGUGCUAGUGCUAUAGAAAUUCCCAAUGGGAUUGAUGGUAGUAGUAGUAAUGUAGAGGCGUUUGCGAAUGCUAUGUUUAGGUUCCGUGGUGGCUGUAGAUUUGAGAAUGGUAGGCCUAAUGAGGGUCCUAUGCAUAUCCUAAGUUCUUUGGAGAAUGAGAUUGUGUAUCCAAAGAAGUAUAAUCUUAAUCCUGAGGUGAAGACUUUGUUGAAAAGGAAUGUGGGAGUCUGUUCUGCUGGACUUAGAGAGAAUACAAAACAUUUAGAGAAUCAGUUGCAGGCUUCCUUAGGCUCUUUGAAUAUAACUGAAACAGGGGGUGACGAAUCCCCGAAUGUUGUGAAUGAUGAUGAUGCAAUUGUCUCAGUUGUAAGUAAGUUUCGAGAUUUGCAUAUUCAGAGCACAGAGACUGCGCGUAUCCAGAUUGAUCAGAAAGACGAGGCAAUGUUAAGUUUGGAACAUCAAAUAAAGGAUCUUGAGAGGCAGGUAAAGGAGCGUAAGCAAUGGGCACACGAAAAGGCAAAACAAGCUGCGAUGAAGUUGUUCAAUGACAUUUCAGAACUUGAGAUGCUGAGGAAGGAAAGGGAUGAGAUUCAGCUGCUAAAGAAGGGGAUGCAAGCCAUUGAAGAUAACUCCAUGAAGAAGCUUGGGGAAAUGGAGAAUGAACUCCGUAAAGCUAGUGGUCAAGUGGACCGUGCAAACUCUGCUGUGGAAAAGCUUGAGAAUGAGAAUGCAGAGAUUAGAGCAGAGAUGGAGGCUUCUAGGUUAAGUGCAUCAGAAUCUCAGAAAACCUGUAUGGAGGCCACAAAGAGGGAGAAAAAGUGCCUAAAGAAGCUUUCAGCAAUUGAGAAACUGAAAUCCAAACUUCAGGAUGAUAUUGCAGCUGAGAUACAUAAGAUUUCCGAUUUGCAAAAGCAAUUGGCUCAGGCUGAGGCAGGUCAAAAGGAAGCUGAGGUAAAAUGGAGGCAAGAACAGAAGGCUAAGGAGCAAUCCUUAGCACAAGUGGAGGAAGAACGACGCAACCGUGAAGCAGAUGUGACUAAUAACAAAAGAAAUCUUGAGGCAAUGCGCUUGAAGAUAGAAAUAGAGUUCCAUAGACACAAGGACGACCUCCAUCGGCUUGAGCGAGAACUUUCACAGGUUAAAGCAAGUGAGCAAACUUCUAGGCAACAUCUUCAAUCCCAUGAUUUAUCAAUGCAAAACUUGAAUGGGGCGAAGUCAGAAGGUGAUAUCAUGCGUGAACUAGACGCACUGGAGGAUGGGGAAGCCAUUGACCACGAUAGGAGAUGCAUAAUUUGCUUGAAUCAUGAUGUUUCUGUGGUUUUUCUCCCGUGCGCUCAUCAAGUUCUCUGUGCAAAAUGCAACAAUGUCCAUGGGAAGAAGGGGAAAGCUAAAUGUCCCCACUGCCAGGUUCCAAUUCAACAUAGAAUUUGCGUGUUCGGCACAUCCUCAUAGCAUUGGAGCUUGACAAAGUGUUGUUGAAUAGUGACUUAGAUGAUAAAAUAGCUAUUUACUUUGGUGUUUCUACUAUGUGCCUGAAUGAAUGGUCAUCCUAAAAUCAAAUGCUGGAAGUCAUCAGCACAAGUGUAAGUAGAAAGUGAAAUAAAAUAAAGCAGCCAAACGGUCAAGUAUUUGCUGCACAACAAUAGUUAUGCUUAUACUAAAGAGUUCAUCCCAAAGAAACUAAUAAUGAUGGAUAGUGUUGGUGUUGUUCUUGAAAAUGUUACUUUUGAUAUUUUAGUUAUAGUGGAUUUAGACCAUAAA